UUGAAACCGUCUUGAAUCGCCAUACAUUGUUCUGUAUUUUGGUUAUUAAGCUUGAUUUUUAUAAAAUUACAUAAUAAAUACCAAAACCAUUAAAUAAAUUAACCUCUAGAUGUCGUUGAGCCUAUUUUUUUCUUCAUAAUCUUAAAUAAAUAGUGAUGGAAUUAUCUGAAGAAAACAUCGACUUAAGUGAAAACGAAGAAGAAGAAGAAAUAACGGCUGAGGUAGUUUUAAAAACUCUUCAAAGUGCCUGGCAAAACGAAAGGUUAGCUCCAGAAAUACUUCCCCAUCGCAAUGACAUGGUGGAGUGCAUGCUGGGGCAAAUACAACACAUGGAGCGCAAUGUAAACAAAUUGCCUAAAACGGACCUUCGUGCAACUAUACAUAAAAUGGAACUAAGUAGAAUAAAAUUUAUUAUAUGCAAUUAUCUUAAAACUAGGUUAAGUAAAAUAGAGAAGUUUUGUAUACCAAUUAUCAAUGAAGAGAGACAGAGAUUGGAAACAGGUACAAAUUACUUAACCCCUUCAGAGUAUAAGUAUGCUCAGGAGUAUCUGUUGAAUAUGGAGAACCACAUGAAGACUGUUGUACUAGAUCAAAUGCCGGGGAAUAUGCAAACAUUUGAAAUGAGUAAAAUGGCUGAGCAUCCGAACAUGCAAAGCCAUGUGUUUUUAAAAGCAAAUGAUACUGUUAAUGGAGUAGUACUAGAAGAUCUUGCAGGCGAAGAUGAGGAAAUAGAUUUAGAAGAGGGAUCACAGCACAUCUUGCAGUACAAACCAAUUGCUGAUCUAGUUAAAAAUGGGAAAGUACAACUUAUAUGAAAUAAAUUGCCCACAUUACACACAAUUUUGUAUUCACACUAACUUUACAAUUUAUCAAUAAAAUGUUGUUCAUGUUACUAUGAGCAGACUU